GUGAAACCUGCAAGAUCUUUACCUGAGGGGAAGCGCAGGAGGGUAGCACUCAGAGCACGGGAAGAGGUCAAGAAACCGUGGUUGCCUGUUGGGAUUAUUGUGCCUGUCUGCCUCCUUCCCCUCAGACAGCAGACCCCAGGACUGACUCAUCCUAUGCUCACGUGGAGCUUGGCACCUGCUGGCCUCGGGGAGAACCAGUGGAAUAGAGAUGCCCAGAGUGUAAGCACACGUGUUCCCUCCUCCAGGCUGGCAAGGGAGCAGGGCCUGGGCCUGCUCUGGGAAGAGUAUCUGAUCAAGCUCCACUGAUGAUGGACCAGGGGGAGGAAGGUGACGAAGAGGAAGCCUGGCUGCAGCUUCGACCGGUAGAGCCUUUGCCCUCGCAGUGCUGCGGCAGUGGCUGCUCGCCCUGUGUGUUUGAUGUCUACCAGCGAGACCUGGCAAGGUGGGAGGCUGCCCGAGCCAACAAGGACAGGAGCCUGCUGAGUAGGGAAGAGACACAGAGCUGCCCUUCCAAGCUGAGCCCAGAGACCUUCCUGGCCUUCCUCAUCAGUGCUGUGGACAGGCUCACCAAGGACACCUACCUUGUCCGGUUUGCACUACCCGGGAACAGCCAGCUCGGCCUGCAGCCUGGCCAGCACCUCAUCCUACGAGGGACAGUAGAUGACUUAGAAAUUCAGAGAGCCUAUACGCCCAUCAGCCCCGCCAAUGCAGAAGGAUACUUUGAAGUUUUAAUCAAGUGCUACCAGACUGGGCUGAUGUCCCGGUAUGUCAAGUCCUGGAAAGCAGGAGACACAGCUUUCUGGAGAGGACCCUUCGGAGGCUUCUUCUAUAAACCAAACCAGUACGGGGAGCUCCUCAUGCUGGCUGCUGGCACCGGCCUGGCCCCCAUGGUGCCCAUCCUCCAGAGCAUCACAGACAACGCAGAGGAUGAGACCUUCAUCACCCUGGUCGGCUGCUUCAAGACCUUUGAGGACAUCUACCUGAAACCCUUCCUCCAGGAGCAGGCCCGUUUCUGGAAUGUCCGCACCUUCUUUGUCCUCAGCCAGGAGAACUCCCUGGAGCAGCUCCCCUGGAGUUACCGGGACAGGACCCGCUUUGGCCGCCUGGACCAGGACCUGCUUGAAGAACUGGUCAGCACCUGUCGGAGAAAGCCAUUCGCUCUGGUCUGUGGAUCAGCCGAGUUUACCAAGGACGUGGCUGGGUACUUGCUGCACGCAGGCCUGGCCAAGGACUCCUACUUCCUCUUCUAGGCCUGGCCUCACUUCUAAAGCUCAGGCCUGGGGCCCGGCACUGGGAAGCAGGAAGGAGCAUGGACUGGAAUCCGAAGACAUGAAUGGGAGACCGGUGUUCGUGCUCCAGGUGACCUGGGACGAAUAUCUUUGCCUCUGCAGACCUCCAUUUCUCAUCCAUCCCACGAGGUCACUGAUGCUCCGACAGGCAUCCUGCUGGGAGGAGAGAGGAUGGGGCUCUAGGAGUCCUGAACAGGAAAGUAUACAGUGG